AUGGAAGAAGAAAUUAACGAAAAGUAUGAAAAGUCAUUUGUUACAGUUGAAGCCACUUCAAUAACUGAGCAAAAACCUCAAAUAAUAGAAACUUAUCAACAAGAACAACAAGAAGAAAUUCAUAAUGUACAAGAAUGGCAUGAACUUUUUUCUGAAUUUUUUACAAAGAUUGGAAUGGUUGAAACCAAUAAAGCAUUACUUAUGGAAAUAGUUGUCUUAUCGGCGAACCAUGAAAAACAAAUUCCAAAACAUAUUAAUUGGUUAUUGAAAGAAUUAACAACACUGAAAACGAGAUUUGAUGUUCAGUCUUCUAAGAGAAAAAUGGAACAGGAAAAUGGUGAAGAUAACCCGUCAAAAAAAGUUCAAAUGUUAAUGAGUUCUCAAGAAGUUCAAAUUAGAACAACAAAUUCCGAGCUCGAGCAACGAAUUGAUAAUUUUAUUCAAUUAAAAAAGUCCGAAAUUAAUGAUAGUAAUCGGGCCGAGUUUUUGAAAAAAUCGAAUAACCCUUUAGAUCCAAAUGAUAAACAAUCAUGUGCUCGAUCGGACGCUGCCGAAAUCAAUCGAAAUAUUCAAAUGAAACUUGAUGUAGUGAACAAUGAAGAUGGUCCCUUAGCUCGCUCGACAUUUAAUUCAGUCAAUCAUAAUCGAAGCGAUCCUGAUAAAAAAUCGUUAGCUGAAUUACCUAGAGGUGUUGAGGAUAGAUUACAAAAUAUCGAAAAACAUUUAAAUAUAGAAAUAGUUACACCAAUUCCUCUCAGUGUUUAUGAACGAUUAAAAAUAUUAGAGAACAAAAUAAUGCAACUUGAGCGAGAUUACCCUCCUUGGUCAGCUAUACAUUUCAAUCAACCUAACCGCCAGUUUCCACCUCCACCUCCUGUGACAACUGUGAGACGUAACAGUAAUAACGAGAUUAUCACAAGUGUUGCGCUGACGCCCGGAAAUAAUACUCCUGUCUCAACCGUCACGCCUACAUUUUCAGCCGCGCCAACAAUAUCGGCCAGUCUGUCGGUUGAUGCGAAACGAAAUCCGUCCGGAUUCACACCAACGAACCUUUUUAGUUCCAAGGGUUCACGUACACCACGUCCAAUUAAACCAAAGGGAAGAGGCCGUGGACAAUCUUCACUGACGCGAUCAGUUAUGGAACAAUUAAAAUUGAUUCGUCGUACUGAUAAUGAAAAACAAAAAUGA